CACCCCCAGCCUCCAGCCCCCAGCGCCUCGACCUGGAGAUGAAGCUCCAGGCCGUGAUGGAGAACCUGCACAGGCAGCAGAGAGCCAAGUUGCUGAUGGAGUUGGAGCAGCAGAAGCAGCAGCAGGCUGCUCAGAACCAAGGACAGCUUGACCGCGGUGGCGGAGGGACCGCCGCCGGCACAGACGAGGAGCACAUGGGCAGCCCGGCUGCCGAAUCGGAGCACGCCCAGAUGGCGGCGCUGGCGGCCAUGCGUGCAGCAGCAGCCGGGCUGCAGAGACAGGCGGACAGUCCCAUGUCGGAGCGCAGCAGCGUCGGUGACGAAGAGGAUGAGGAUGAUGACGAAGAAGUGGAGGAGCCCUACAAGGACAUGAUGGGUUCAGAGGAAGAAGAGCAGCUAAAGCAGAAGUGGGACGAGGACGACUUUGAGGGGGAAAUGGAAGAGGACUAUGAUGACGACCUCGCCGACGAAGGCCUGCCCACAGGCCGUGAGGCCAUCACCCCUGGCAAGGGCAUCCUGCUCCUGCCGCACCGCCAGAUGCACCCCCACUCCCAGCUGCUGAAGCCGCGGGCGGCCCCAGAGCAAGAACCCCGUGGGGCCGCUCUACCCGUGCACGCCUCACAGGGCGUGCUGGUCCCCCAGGACCAUGCCGACUGGACGUAUGAGGAGCAGUUUCGUCAGUUGUACUGUUUGGAUGACCUGUUUUUGGAUGACCUGUUUAGCUUCAUGCAGAAGCGAGGAACACCAGUCAACCGUAUCCCCAUCAUGGCUAAGCAAGUGCUUGACCUAUACAUGCUGUAUCAGCUGGUGACAGAGAAGGGUGGCCUCGUGGAGGUCAUCAACAAGAAGCUGUGGAGGGAGAUUACCAAAGGACUCAACCUGCCUACCUCAAUCACCAGUGCUGCUUUCACCCUCAGGACACAAUACAUGAAGUACCUUUACCCUUACGAAUGUGAUAAGCGGGGGCUGAGCAAUCCCAACGAGCUCCAGGCAGCCAUCGACAGCAACCGGCGAGAGGGCCGGCGGCAGAGCUUCGGCAGCUCUCUCUUCACCUACUCGCCCACCAUGCUCUCCUCCCCCAAGCUCUCCAUGUCCAGCAUGGGCAUGGGAAUGGGCACCAACGGCGCAACAAUGACGCCCAUCCAGAAAGUCAAGAAAGAGGACGAGGCCGUGCAGCCCCUGUCUGCAGCCGGACGGCUCCCGGGAGCUCUGUCCGGCCACUCGGUGUUGGCGGCCCAGGCGGCGGUGCAGACGGCUGCCGCGCAGGCGGCCAUGGUGGCACAGGUGGCGGCGCUGGAGCAGCUGCGGGACAAACUGGAGGCGGGCGAGCCGCCGGAGAAGAAGAUGGCGCUGCCCGCCGAGGAGCACCAGCGGCUGUUGCAGAGGGCCCUGCAGCACAACCUGCUGGCCAUGACCGCACAGAUGCCCAUGAACAUCCGCAUCAACAGCCAGGAUGGCAGGCAGGACACAGCCCUCAAUCUGACCACCAAUGGCAUGAGUAGCAUCAGCAUGUCUGUGGAGCUUAAUGGAGUUGUCUAUACAGGUGUCCUUUACGCCCAAGGGGCUGGCUUGUCGUCUUCAGGUGCAUCGGCGUCCGCCAGUAACAGCAAAGCAUCUGGUGGGCGUGGCGCGUCCCAGUCCCUCCCACACACACCUACCUCAUCCACUUCCAGUAACCCACCGCUUUAAGUCACCUCCCACCAGUCGUGCUCUCUUUUGUUGUUGCUAGAGAAAGCCAAAACACAGACCUCGUGACUACAAAACCAUGCCAAAAAAACAAGCAAAUACAAUGGUUACAAACAAACACCUAGACAACUUGAAAUACACUAUCUCAGGUUUUCUCUUUAUAUUGUCUCUCUCUUGCUCAGAGGCCAAAAAUGGCAUACAAAGAAAGAAAAGAGCCAGUAGGAGGGAAUAU